AUGGGGCAGCGCGUGCUCACAUUUCUGCUGUUUUUCCCGUGGCUCAUGGACUCACGCGCAGGAUUUCCAAACCAGAUCAGCAUCGGUGGUGUGUUUCUGCGUUCUACUGUACAGGAGCACAGUGUGUUCCGGUUUGCAGUUCAGCUCUAUAACACCAACCAGAAUGUGACAGAGAAACCGUUUCACCUGCACUACAAUGUGGACAACCUGGAGCAGAGUGACAGUUUCUCCGUCACACACGCCUUUUGUUCUCAGUUCUCUCGGGGUGUGUAUGCCAUAUUUGGUUUUUAUGAUCAGCGCUCAGUGAACACACUCAUGUCAUUUUCUGGGGCUUUGCACACCUCCUUCAUCACUCCAUCACAGCCUGCUGAGGCUGACGCCCAUUUCCUGCUCCAGCUGAGACCCACCCUUAAAGGGGUGGUGCUUAGCAUGAUCACACACUACAGAUGGGACAGAUUUGUCUACCUGUACGACACAGAUAGAGGGUUCUCUCUGCUGCAGUCAGUAAUGGAAGCUGCAGUAGUGAGCGGUUGGCGGGUGACGGUUCGCUCCGUUGGGAAUGUUGCUGAUGUUCUGGAAUAUCGGCGGAUUAUUGAGGAAAUGGAACGGCGUCAGGAGAAACUCUUCAUCAUUGACUGUGAAGAGGAGCGCAUCACUGCUGUGCUGGAGCAGGUCGUGGCCUCGGGGAAAAACAGUCGAGGAUAUCACUACAUCCUGGCUAAUCUGGGUUUCUCCAACACAAGUAUGGAGAAGGUUUUCUCCGGCGGUGCAAAUGUCACCGCGUUUCACAUCAUCAACCCACACAACCCCAUCGUACAGCAGUUCCUCCAGCGCUGGGACAAACUGGAUGAGAGAGAGUUCCCUCAGGCCCAGGACACUCCGCUCAGAUACACCUCUGCACUGACCCAUGAUGCUGUGUUGGUGAUAUCAGAGGCAUUUCGGUAUUUGCGUCGUCAGCGCGUGGAUGUUUCUCGCCGCGGCAGCGCUGGAGACUGUUUAGCAAAUCCAGCUGUUCCUUGGAGUCAGGGCAUUGACAUCGAGAGGGCACUGAAGAUGGUCCAGGUUCAGGGAAUGACAGGAAAUGUCCAGUUUGAUUCUUUCGGUCGCCGUAUGAACUUCACCAUCGAUGUUUAUGAGAUGAAACCUGGAGGAGCGAGAAAGAUCGGUUACUGGAGUGAAUUUGAGAAGCUUGUUCAUGUGACAGAGCUGCAGGUGACGAACGAAUCGUCUUCAAUGGAAAACCGUACGAUUGUCGUCACCACCAUCAUGGAAGCUCCGUACGUGAUGUAUAAGAGGAAUUAUCUGCAGCUGGAGGGGAACGAUCGAUACGAAGGCUACUGCGUGGAUUUAGCCUCUGAAAUCGCCAAACAUGUCGGAAUUAAGUACAAAUUAUCCAUCGUAGCUGAUGGGAAAUAUGGAGCACGAGAUCCUGAGACUAAAACCUGGAAUGGGAUGGUGGGAGAGCUGGUGUACGGGAGAGCAGACAUCGCCGUGGCUCCUCUGACCAUCACGCUGGUGCGCGAGGAGGUGAUCGACUUCUCCAAACCCUUCAUGAGCCUUGGGAUCUCUAUCAUGAUAAAGAAGCCGCAGAAGUCGAAACCCGGCGUGUUCUCCUUCCUGGACCCGCUGGCGUAUGAGAUCUGGAUGUGCAUCGUGUUCGCUUACAUCGGCGUGAGCGUCGUGCUCUUCCUCGUCAGCCGAUUCAGUCCGUACGAAUGGAGCUCUGACAACGGCGAAGAGGCCAAGGAUCCGCAGGCUCCGCCCGAUCCGCCCAAUGACUUCGGCAUUUUUAACAGUCUGUGGUUUUCUCUCGGAGCCUUCAUGCAGCAAGGAUGCGAUAUCUCGCCAAGGUCUCUGUCAGGUCGUAUAGUGGGAGGAGUGUGGUGGUUCUUCACGUUGAUCAUCAUCUCAUCCUACACGGCGAACCUGGCGGCGUUCCUCACCGUGGAGCGGAUGGUGUCUCCCAUUGAGAGUGCUGAAGAUCUCGCCAAACAGACGGAGAUAGCAUACGGAACACUCGACUCCGGUUCCACGAAAGAGUUCUUCAGACGCUCGAAGAUAGCAGUGUUUGAGAAGAUGUGGUCAUACAUGAAGUCAGCUGAGCCGUCUGUGUUUGUGAAGACGACUCCGGAUGGCGUGGCUCGCGUCAGGAAGUCGAAGGGGAAGUUUGCGUUCCUGCUCGAGUCCACAAUGAACGAAUACAUCGAACAACGCAAACCAUGUGACACCAUGAAGGUCGGCGGGAACCUCGACUCCAAGGGCUAUGGAGUUGCCACGCCCAAGGGCUCGGCAUUAAGAACUCCUGUAAACCUUGCAGUAUUGAAACUCAGUGAACAAGGCAUCUUAGACAAGCUGAAAAACAAGUGGUGGUACGAUAAAGGGGAAUGUGGGACCAAGGACUCGGGCAGUAAGGAUAAGACGAGUGCGCUGAGUCUCAGUAACGUGGCCGGUGUGUUCUACAUCCUGGUCGGGGGUCUCGGACUCGCCAUGACCGUAGCGCUCAUUGAGUUUUGCUACAAAUCUCAUCAGGAGACCAAACAUCUCCGUCUGCUCAACCCCACCCAGAACUUUAAAGCCCCUCCCCCGAGCGGCACGCAGGGCUUCACCACCUACAGGGAGGGCUACAACGUGUACGGCACCGAGAGCAUCAAGAUCUAGCGCUGGUCAGUGCGAGUCCCAGAAUUCCCUCCUCUGGGGUCAGCGCUGUUACACCUUUUAACACAAACACAGUGGAAAUGUAAACGAGUUUACUGACCGAAUUACGACGUGCGGUUCACUGGAACCUCUUGCGAUGGAUACAAACUCUUGCAUCUGAUUCGUUCAUUUCUUGCUGCACAUGUAAACAUCAUCUUUAGAGUUUAUUUAACUUUCACAUUUCUAAAACAGAACUAGAUUUUAUUGGGGGGUUUUUUCCCCCACAAAUGCAGGAAGUCCAUAGGGGGUCUGGUUCUCAGCAACUGCUUUGAACAGGAUACACCCUUUUGAGAUUUGCCCCUCCCACUACAUUAAUCUUGUAUCUGCUGUAACUAUGGCAACUGCACCCCAAUUUAGUGAUUAUCUCUCGGUGCCUUACAGAAAACACGUGAACUCGGAGCGUUAAACAGAGCUUCCUCUCCAGUCCACACAGCUCCUCCACACUUCCUGUCCACACCAGAGCACUUCCUCUUUAUUCUCACUCAGCUCAUCACCAUGGAGUCAUUUAUUCGGUUUAUACUCGUUCUGUUUUGGCUCAUGUUCCUGUCGGUCUGAAGAGUCCACAUCGCUUUGUCUCUAUACGGAGCUUCACUUCGCUGCAGAACCGUUUAAGCUCCGACCCGAGAGGAGGUUUCUCAGCGCUCAGCAGCAGCAGUUCCCAAACUCAGACUCAUCACCUCAUUUACAGAUGGGGUCAUGGAGAGAAACUCUCAGUCUCCUCUUACGCUUUAUUUGUUUAUUUUACAGAUUAAUAUUAGAAACACUGAAGACAGAUUUUGUGCAGAUGUUUGAAGUGUUCCUGAGAGUCACACUCUGCCACGUUUCAGUUAAAGGGCCACGUGUUUAUGUCCUGUUUUCACUCUCCUGACAUGCAGCGGUCACGUGAGAGUUCAGCAAUAAAAGACAACAAAUUUCCUCAUCCGCCUGCUUACACCUGCUCCUCAGCUGACUCGGUUAUCAAACUAGAUACGAAAAGGUUUCUUUAAAAAAGUUCCUGUCUCACUCCUGAGUGUCAAGUUACGUAUAAAAAGAUGAAUUCGUGUAAACCUCGACUUCAGCUCAUAUAACCUGCCUGGAUUACUGCACUUUUUUAUAUUUGGAAUAAACUGUAUUUUUUUUUAGAUGUUUACAGCAUUUAGCAGAUUUAGUGCUCUUGUUGUUGUUAUUGUUGUUAUUAUUAUUAUUAGUAGUAGUAGUACAGAAGGGAAUCAAAAUAACUUCCACUUUUCACUCUACCCUGGUCGCUCAUUUCGUGCUCCCAGCUGUCCGUGUGCUUUACCUUUUAUGGAGUUUUGUGGGGGUCGUUAUAUGUAAAUGAGCUUUACUGGUGAUCAACACACACACACACACACACACACACAAACGUUUAGCAAAUCUAGGAGCAAAUUUUAGUUUUGUUUAGUUGGCACAAACUUUUACACGCAACUUUACAAAAAGGCUAAUAAAUGAGCCCCCCCCCAAAAAAAAAAGACCCUGAAAUUUACGCUGAAUGAAUAAUGUGGCGAAUAAUGACAAGAAAUUAAAAUGCUGAGGCUCGGGCUUGCAGAACCUUCAUCAUGUCCAUUUAGGGUCAUUUGUCUUAAAAGUUUGGGAACCGCUAUUUUAGAUUAAUCUCGAACUGAUGGAUCUCCUCCACAUUACGAUCCAGAGCAGAUCAUUUCCAGCACAGAGCUUCACGUCGUAGGGCGUUUCAUCCAGACAUCAUCGUGCUUCAUGUCAGCUUUAGAGCUGUUCUUCACAAUGCUAGAGUUCUAGAGCUUCUCAAUUCUGCUUCAGCAUCAUCUCUAAUCAUCUGUAGAGCAGGUCAGUUCGAAUCCGCAGUGCUUCCAGAGCCGUCACGCUGGAAAAGUACAGACACGGUGGAUGAACGAGGUGAAAGAUAAACUGAGUUUGGUCUGCUUUUCUUUCUGUCUGUGCUGUUUCCCUUUCGAUAUGGACGGAAUGCUGAAAAAGUGUUGAAAUUGUAGCUUGUAGAGUUUAUUAUUAUGUUAGUUGAAAGAAUUUUAAAAUAAGAGAU